GAUAAUUCUAUCCAUUUUAGCUAUAAUGCAUGUAAGAUUGAUGUACGUGAUCAGUUUUGAUUUAUCAAACAAGUGGAUUUUGAGUCAAUGAAUAGGUUGCAACUUGCCCAUUUCUAGUCCCCUAUAGUUUCUGUGUAUUUGCAGUGGAGAACUACAUGUAGUGUGUAAUACUGUAAUUGUAUGUGCAUAAUAUAAUAUUAAAGGCGUGUUUCAAGGGUAAUUGUUUUGUUCUCUUACACGUAUUUCCAUGAACAUUUUUUCUUAAUUAGAUUCUAAACCGUUUUAACCUUGUGGAAGAUUAAAGAUGUGAUAAAAAGGACACAAAGUUAAUUCAAAUACCGAAUGUAGAUUAUUGAUUUUGGACUUUGAGCCACUUACCAGCUCUUCCAAAUGGUGUUUUGAAAUGUCGCUGUAUGGAGCCACUUAGUGACGCACUGUGAUUGGUUGUUUCUCAUGACGUCACACGAUUGUCGCCUGAGUUGCAAGAGAGGGGCGUUUGACUUCACACCAACUCUUGAUUCGCCGUGAGUGGCGUGCCACUGGCAUAUUUGUAUGUGAAUUAAUAUCUUUUAUGCAUUCCCAACGUCUCUGAAACACUGGUACAUCUGCCCUGGACACAAUGGCGAGUAAGAUCCACAUUCCCCAGUCGUACUUCCGUAGACUCAGGAAGUGGUGUUCUCGGCAGGCCCGGAGAUUCUGCUGCACCUUUCGAGUAGCGGAUGACGGGGGCGAUUAUUACAAAGAGACAAAGAUCAAAGAACUUCCUGCAAGAUCCCUGAAUGGGUCCCAGAAGCCUAUACUGGACUUAAGGAGCUUCCUUACCCCCACCCCAGGGGAUUACAGCUCACAGCCUCGGGCUACUCUUUCUGGAUAUGGCACCCCGGCCGGGGAACACCCUCUUCUCCCAUCAAGAUCUGCGCACACAGCCCAGACCGCCAGGGAACUCCCACCCACGUCCAGCCAGUCAGCUACAGAGGUCAAGGACACAGUGGAAGUGUCCGGUCAGCCUGAAUGCAGACACUCCAUCCUCGGACACUUCCACCAAGGCCACAUUUCAGAAGUGUGGAGCCCAUCUCGACAUCCAGGAACCCAGUGCACCUCGGUGGCAUUCACCGCCAUUGUUGCCAGUGCAGUUGUUCCUGCUGGUCUGUGGACUCCAGCUACACUUGACGGGGUCCUCGUCAUGGGGGACCGUCUUCAUGACGCCAUCCUCGACACCAUGGGAAGCUGGGCUCCUCUCAGCAAACAUCUGGCAGCAGACGAGAUGAUGGAGGAGCCAGAAGACUCCCAGUCGAGAUGGCCUGUCCGGUGCGGCCGAGUCUGCGAGAUGCAGGGACUUCUGUACCCUGGCAGCAUGGACUCGAACUCCCUAACGAGUCAGUUGACCUGGGAGUGGAUGCCAGGCCAGCCCCUCAGGGAGUUUGGGGAUGCUGUGGGGAGGGUUGUCAACGCCCAGGACUGCCAGGGAGCCAUUAUCACCUUUGAUGGCAGAAGCUCGGCCUUGCUGCAGAACCCUGCUGGUGGCUGGAUGGUUGUCGACAGCCAUGUCAAGGAUAUUUUAGGCGCCACUGACGUUGAUGGGAAGUCGAGCCUUCUGAGGUUUCCUUCCCUGAGUCAAGUGGUGGCUUAUUACAGUGGCAUGGCAGUAGGACCCACUCAGUAUUCGCUGACAGGGUUCAAGGUCGAGUCGAUGUCAGAAGGGGGAUAACUUCCCUGGUAGUACCUUCCCAAACUUUCGGUAUGACAGCCACCUUGAGGUGCAUCUGUCCCUCUGUGAGAAUGAAAAAGGACACGAUCUCUGGUGGCCACAUCGAGGUGCAUUUGUCCUCCUUCAGAGCAAGGCCAGAACAUGGCUUGAUUAUGACUGAUUGGGCACGAUAUGCACACUGUUAUAGUAGUCUCAACAUGCAAGGCCAGCACUUGAUGCUACCUCAUUGAACACAGGCUGGACACGUGUGGUAGUAACAGCAUGCACGGUCUGCUAAGAGACACUUACAGCCUGAAAGCUGCAUCAAGAUUUUCUCCUAAAGGGAGGAGCAGGCACACGAGUUGAUGGAGAACAGGCUUACUUGUUAACGAGACUAUAAUGGAGCACAGGCUGAACAUUGACAGCAUGCUGGGAUACGAGUAACUGCCACGCUGAAGGCCCAAAACAAGAGACACAAAGUGGUCCCACCUAGCGAGGACUGUUGAACACAGAUGUAACACAGACAUCAAGCAAGUCCUGAUCAGGAUGCGGGUGACAUCCGUUCAAUCAUCUGAUUUAGGCGUCAUGAUAAACAAAAGUGGAAAAACAAACUUCUGUUACCGUUGGGAAUUUGAUUUUGAUUUGUCGUUAUUGUUUGUUUUUUAUGUUUUUCAUCAAUUGUAUGUUAAAUUGUGUCCAUUCAUAACUCAUCAACUCUUUUGUUUCAAUACAAUAAAUUUUAAUGAAAAAAGA